UUUACGUUGUUAUUAUUAUCUAUCAAUUUUUUUUGAUUACGGGUGGCUUUUAAUGUUGUUGUUGGUGCUGCUUGGUGAUUCCAACGCCUGCACGAGAACCAUCCUCUAUUAAUAUUUUUCCUUAAUAAAUUUAAAGAAAAGAAAGAUUUAAAAGAAAGAAAAGUAAGAGAGAUCAUAUUUCUUGGGUUAAGAAAGAAAAACGAAAAAGAAGAAGAAGAAGAAAAGUGAAAAUCUUUGAGAAACGAAUAGGGGAAGAGAGAGAUAAAUGAUUAAAGAAAAGGAAAAACAAAGAAGAAGAAGAAGAAGAAGAAAUUUACGAGAGAAGUUUUAAAAUUUAUAAUCGCAAAAUGCGAUAAGGAAAAUCUGUGAUAAGAUUGGGUUUCUCUUUCUCUCUUAUUCUCUGCCCCUCCUACCCUACCUUCUCUUUCCAAGCAUCCCUCUCAAACACGUUGACGUUUAAAUGCUCUCUUUCUCUCUCUCUCUCUCUCUCUCUCUCUCCCUUUCUCCCCUCUCUCUCUUUCUUCGCACAGUACAAUCAAAGUGCUCUCAAGGAAAUAAUUCUUCGUCAUGACGUUAGUAUUAAUCAAAAGACAGCUGAAUUUGGAUAAAUGUGAUAUUAUUAAUGGUUGUGGUUGGUGUGGUGGUGGUGGUGGUGGUGGUGGUGAUGGUGAUGAUCGUGAUUAUGUUAUCUACACCUCGUUUAACAAUUUACCAAGAGUUGAAGAAGAACUUACUAAUCUAAUCUAAUCGAAUACAAGAGGACAUAUACAUAUAUAUAUAUAUACACACAUUGUAUACAUAUAUAUGCUGUGUGUGAGUGCGCGUACUGCUGCGUACAUGUUAACGUGAAAGAGAGAGUGAGAGAAGAAAUAAGAAGAAGUUUUUUUUUAACUUCGUCGAUAUGUUCUGAUAGACGAACCCGGGCGUCGAAGUCUCUCGAGGCUGAGGUGCUCGAAGAUUAGUAGUUGUUUAUUUUAUUUUAAUUCUAAUCUAUAUAUAUUUGAAAUUUCCUUUAUUUUAUUUCCUUCAUCUUGUUGUUGGUCUUGCUGGCUUUUGUUUGUGCAAUCCUGAUCGAUCGUUAUUGUGAUUAACUUGAGUCCUGAACAUGAUCAAUAUGCAGCAAUUGAUCAUAGGACAGCAGCAGCAGCAGCAGCAAGUAUCUGGUAGUAGCGAGCAACCUCAAGAAGAGGUUCAAUUGACCGAACUUUUGCCAGUUAAACAAUCACGUAUCAGAGAGAACAAUGUUUUCAAGGAUAUCGAUGCAACUGACGCGUUAAAAGCAUUAAGAAGUUUUUCCGGUGGUAGUUGCAACGACGAGGAACAAGAUUAUGGAUUGAGAAGGAUAUUUGAUUCAAACGAACAACAAAAUGACGUGGAUGAUAAAGUUGAAAUGAAAAUAAAACGUAUAUGCGGUGGUGGUGGUAGUAGUAGUAGUAACGUUAAUAAUAAUGGUAAAAGAUCGUUAAUGUCUAAGAAAAGAAACUUAGUGAGAAAAAAUACCAAAAAGUUAACAACGUCUAAUUGUAAUAAAAUGAUCGUUAACAAAAUCACCAUUAGUGAUCGUACUAAUGGCAAAAUAACUGAGGAUGAGGAGGAUAAUGAAUUAUCCGUUUUGUACGAUGACGAAGAAAUUCCAAAUUAUUUGGAUUUGGAUAAAACCAAAGACAGUAGUCUUAAUGACGAAGUUUACGUGUUUCGUCGAGAAAGAUCUAACUCUUGUUCUUUAUCGCAAACUUCUAGCGAAGUUAAUCACGAAACUACGGAUGAAAUGUAUGCGGAUGAUUACGAAAGUACCGAAGUAGUCCUAAUAAAUAAAUUUAGGGAUCGUGCAAAGAAUUUAGAUAUUAGUACGGACGAAUUGAAUUCGUCAAUAUCGGCAGACGAAGAAAGAAUAAUAUCGAUGAACGAGGAGGAUAAUCAAGAAAAAGAAUUAAGAUUGAAGAUAGACGCGAUUAUCCAAGCCAAUUUGUUGGUUGAAAGGGAAAACAACAAUGUUGUUAGUCAAGAUAGAAGAAAAUUAAUGAAAGAAAAGAAUUCGUCUAGAUCAUCGCAAUCGUCAUUGUCACCAUCAUCACCACCAUCAUCAUCAUCUCAAGUAUCGACAAUAGUAACCGGCGACAUUCAAAAUAGUUCGAAUUUCAGUGACGAUGACAUCAAAAGAUUGGAAGAGGACGUUGUCAACGAAUAUAAUAAUCAAAAUGAUUCAUUAGAAAAGAAAUAUUGUUGUGUAGUUUGCGAUGCACGUUUUAAGGGUAGCGGUGGCCUGAGAAAUCAUUUCAAGGUAGUACACGGUGCCGGGCCAGUUUUCAAAUGUGACGAGUGUGGUAAGGAGUUUCCAUUGAAGGAACGUUUAAAGCUACAUGUUAGAACCCAUACCGGUUUUAAACCUUACAAAUGUCCGGAAUGCGACAAGAGCUUUGCUAGGGGUGGCCAAUUGGUUCAACAUCGUCGUACCCAUAGCCAGGUAAAACCUUAUCAUUGUGGCCUUUGCUCGGGUACUUUCACUUGUGCGGCAAAUCUCGCGUUGCAUGUUAAACGACACAACGGUCAAAAGGAUCAUAAAUGUGAAAUAUGUGGCAGGGGUUUCGUUAGGCGUGACGCUUUGAAGAAACACUUGGAGUGUCUUCACCGUGACGUUAAAUCCUUCCUAUGCGUUAUCUGUAAUAAAACUUUCAAAGGACAUUUACCGCAACAUAUGAGAACUCAUGCGCGCGACAGACCACACGGUUGUGCCACUUGCGGUCAAAGAUUUGCCCAAAAAUCACAAUUAACUGUACACCAACGUACACAUUCGGGACAAAGGCCGUUUCGAUGUUUGGUAUGUUGGCAAGCCUUCGCACAUUCGACGGCAUUGAAAUUGCACACGAGAAGACACACCGGUGAAAGACCCUUCAAAUGCGUCGAAUGUAACGCUGGUUUUACCCAAUUACCGCAUUGGAAAAAACAUAUGAAAUGUAUACACGGUAGAAGUGAACCUUACGGUUGCAAACGUUGCAAAAGUUUUUUCCGAAUUAAAAGUGACUUAGAGAGUCAUGAGAAAUCGUGUCAUCCAGAACUCGACGGGGGUGGUCCUGAUACAGAAGGUUCUUCCUCCAAUUCAUUUGGUGCAGUUUCGUCGAACGAUUCCAACGAUAAAGUUACCAAUACUACCAAAUACAAAACUAUGACAGUUGAAAGGAUGCGUCUGUUAUUGGCCGUACUAUUGAAAAGGAUCAGCAAACAAGAGAGAUUAGAUGAGUUGGGUUUUGGUAAACGUCUCAUCGAUAAAGUCCUACAAGAUUCUCUGAUAUCUGCUGGAAAGGAUCCGGCAACUGGUAAAGGUCUAACAGAAUUAGAAAUUCUUACCAAAAAUCUCGAAACUUUUCUCGAGUGGACAGUACCGAAGGAACAUUGGGAAAAUUUUCGAAGAAUGAAAAAAAGUCCCGAAGACAUCUUGGAAACUCUCACGGCUACGUAAAAAAAAAACAAAAUGAUCGACACGAGUGAUGAUGAUACUUUGAGAAUAAAUUAUUAUUAUUCUCUUUUUUUUUUCUUCAUACCAUAUAAAAAGCAUCUUUCCAAAUAGUCCAACCACCUACGGACGAAACAAUCAAAUGAAUUAUUUUAUACGACAAAAUGAUUUUAAUAUACGCGUUUCUUUCUUUUUUUUCUUCUUUUUUUCUCUCUCAAAUCGUUUGAACAAAAAUACAAAUCCACCCACCGUACAAAAAAUCCUAUCCUUGUUUUUUUUUAUUUUUUAUUUAUUUAUUUAAUUAAUUAAUA